AUGGAAUCGGCCAACGACAAGAAGAAACCAUCCUUCUCAUAUCCCUUGCUCAAACCUCCUGAAGUCACUCGAUGUAUGAAUGAAUGUCUGCAAGUCCCAUUCACAGACGAUGAUCUAUCAAAACCAAAUGGCCCUCGCAUGCUCAAUGUAUAUGAAGGAAUCACCGAAAUAUUCAUGGGCAUAUCUAGAGACAGCUACGCUCAUCCAAACUUUGCUGUCCUCGAAAUGUUGGACUAUCCUGAUCUACAUGUAGAUGCUAUUGCUUUUAUGGCUUUCUACAGGCAAUUGCUCAAGCUGAUGGCAAAAGUUGGAUAUGAAGACUUUAGUUUACGAGACUUGCAAAAACCUGAACCUGGUCAUGUCAGACGAAUAUGUAGUGCCAUCAUCAACUUUGCAAAGUUUAGAGAAGAACGAAUGUCAGUGUUUGAAGCAUGUACUCAGAAAACGGAUGAGCUCAACGACCAACGAAUGCAACUACAAACUGCGAAUGCAGAGUUGGCUGAACGGGUCAAUAGUAUACGACUGAAAAGAGCUGAAGAAGAACCUGCUGUGCAAAAGCUGAAAGAGGCUAAUAGUGUCUUGCUGGGAGAAUUACGAGAACUCAAACGACAACAAACAACGUUGACAAAUGAAAUGGAGAGUAGAAAGAAGGAAAAGACUGAGAUGACUGAUACAAUGACCAACAACCAUCUCUUGAUUGCAAAUGUCAAGCAAGAAUGUGUUCGAUUGCGCUCACGUAUUGUGGUUUCACCUGAUAAACUCAAGCAGGCCUUGGUGGACAUGAAUGCAUCUCUGGUGGCUGAGAAAUCGAAUGUACAGGCUUUGGAAAAGAAAGCCAGAGAUAUUCAAGCCAGAAUCGACGUGAUGCACCUCGUAGAACAGGAAGUCAGCACUAGCAUCAAACUCUUGACCGAAUGUGAAGAACAAAAGAACAAGUUUGAAGAACAACAAACGACUGUAGCCACUGAACGUGAUUCAGCAGCUAGACGAGAAGCAGAACUACGAGAACUCAAUAUCAAAGAACAUUCCAUGAAGCGACAAUUAUUGAAUAGUCAAGAAAAGUUGACGAGAUUACAAAAGUAUGCAUCUACGAAACGAACUACUUUGGAAGCUAGGCUUGUCAAAUUACGAGAAGAAUAUGGUGCAUCUCACACUGAGAGAGCUGCUACACAAUCCAAGAUGGAUGAGUGUAUGGCUGCCAGUCAGGAGGUGGAAGAGAAGUCAUUCGAGUUGAUGAGAUCUAUUGAUGCUGAAAUGACGUCCAGACAGUCUGACUUUACCAGGGUCAAGAGCCAACUAGAAUUGUACAUGGAUGAAAUGAGGGCUGCUAUGCAAAGUGACACCCAUAUAAUGGCAUCAGUCACAAUUUAG